GCUGCUGCUGGCGCCAGACCUCGCGCCGGCAGCGGGGAGAACUGGGUCUGUACCAUGCAGCCCCAAGACAACGCCGGGGCCUCGGAUCCGGGGGAUCCUGGGUUGCUGCUCACUGACUAUGCACCCCCGGGGACGAGUGAGGAGCCGGCGGCCGCCGAGGCGGCUGGGGCGCCGGUCCGCAGCAAGUGCUGCCGGUGCUGCCCCUCACCGGGCGGCUCGGGCGCGGAGCCGGAAGCCAAGAAGAAAGCACCCUGUCCUGGACUUGGCUUGUUUUACACAUUAUUGUCUGCCUUCCUUUUCUCAUUGAGCUCUUUAUUUGUUAAAAAAGUGCAAGACGUCCAUGCUGUAGAGAUUAGUGCGUUUCGAUGUGUGUUCCAAAUGCUAGUUAUUAUUCCUUGCUUAAUUUACAGAAAAACUGGGUUUAUUGGCCCAAAAGAUCGACGAAUUUUCCUCGUUCUCAGAGGAGUCCUUGGUUCUACCGCCAUGAUCCUUAUAUACUAUGCUUUCCAGACAAUGUCCCUCGCUGAUGCCACAGUUAUCACAUUUAGCAGUCCAGUGUUUACAUCUAUAUUUGCUUGGAUAUUUCUCAAGGAAAAAUGUAGCCCUUGGGAUGCUCUUUUCACCGUGUUCUCAAUCACUGGAGUGAUCCUUAUCGUGAGACCACCAUUUUUGUUUGGCUCCAGCUCUUCAGGGAUGGAAGAAAGCUAUUCAGUUCACCUGAAGGGAACGUUCGCAGCUCUUGGACAUGCUAUACUUGCUGGAAUGACUCUAGUUAUCCUAAGGAAAAUGGGAAAAUCUGUGGACUACUUUUUGACCGUUUGGUAUUACGUAAUAUUUGGCCUCUUUGAAACCAUCAUUGUCCUCUUUAUAUUAGGAGAAUGGAGUUUGCCCUACUGUGGGUUGGACAGGCUAUAUCUCAUUCUAAUUGGCCUCUUUGGUUUGGGGGCUCAGGUUUUUCUUACAAAAGGACUUCAGAUAGAAAAAGCAGGGAUAGUAGCAAUAACAAGGACAAUGGAUGUAGUCUUUGCUUUUAUCUUCCAGAUUAUUUUCUUUAAUGAUGUGCCAACAUGGUGGACGGUGGGCGGCGCUAUCUGCCUAGUAGCAAGUAGUACUGGAGCGGCCCUUCGUAAAUGGUACCAGAGUUCCAAAUGAACAUCAUUAUUGGAAUAACAUUUUUUUUUUCAUGUAUACCAUCACCCAAUUCAGACACACUGGGGAUAUCUUCAUAUACUUUGAUUAUAUUUAAUAAAUUUCGUAAAUAAAGUACCAUCUUUUCAUAUGGUAUGUCUUUAGCUAAGAAUCGCUAGUCUAUUUGGUCUAGUAAUUUGGCGGGGGGCGGGGGGUAGCUUUUUUUUUUUUUU